AUGUGCGCAGCCGCAGUAGCAGCUCUGACGGAGCGUCUUCUUCCUCUCGUCCUCCAGCAGCGGCUCCGCUCUGCUUCUGUCCCGGAGAGACCGCCUCCAUUUUGACACCCGGCGGAGGAGCAGCAAGCAGCGGGACUCAGCGGGACUCAGCGGGACUCAGCGGCCGGCGGACGGACGCUCCUCUGCGGCGCUGCUGUUUAAAAUCCUCGGGGUCGUAAAUCAGCCAUUUUUAUUGUGUUGUUGCGGGAUGGCGGCGCUGCGGCAGCACGCAGCCGGGCCGGCGGAGGAUUGGUGAGGAUUUAACGGCUCGUUUUUCUGCGGUGAAAUUCGUUGAUUUAGCGGCGGAGGAGGAGGAGGAGGAGGAGCAGGAGGAGCAGGAGGAGCAGCUUCGGAUGGUCAGGUACUCUGCAAGGAUGAGGCAGUGAGCAUGCUCAGAGCGCUGAUCGUUACCAUGGCGAUAUUCGGCGCCGGCGGCCAGGCGUGCAGCGGUCAGGACAACUGCUCCGCCCACAGCGAGUCCAAAGACUACUGCUACUCCGCACGCAUCCGCAGCACGGUGCUGCAGGGGCUGCCGUUCGGAGGAGUGCCCACCGUGCUCGCCCUCGACUUCAUGUGCUUCCUGGUGCUGCUCUUCGUCUUUUCCAUUCUGCGGAAAGUUGCGUGGGACUACGGACGCCUGGCGCUGGUCACUGACGCCGACAGACUGAAGAAGCGUUUCAGCGGACUGGAGGAGCGAGAAUACGUUGCCUCGGCGAUGCACUCGGAGACGCCGGAUCGAUACGAACGCCUCACCUCCGUCUCCAGCUCUGUCGACUUCGACCAGAGAGACAAUGGUUUCUGCUCGUGGCUGACGGCCAUCUUCAGAAUAAAGGACGAAGAGAUCAGGGAGAAGUGCGGUGAGGAUGCUGUUCACUAUCUGUCCUUCCAGCGUCACAUCAUCGGCCUGCUGGUCGUGGUCGGCGUCCUCUCUGUCGGCAUCGUUCUGCCCGUCAACUUCUCCGGAGACCUGCUGGAAAACAACGCCUACAGCUUCGGACGCACCACGAUAGCCAACCUGAAGUCUGGGACGAAUCUGCUGUGGCUGCACACUUCGUUCGCCUUCAUGUACCUGUUGCUGACCGUCUACAGCAUGAGGAGGCACACCUCCAAGAUGCACUACAAGGAAGACGACCUGGUGAAACGCACUUUAUUCAUCAACGGCAUCUCGAAGUACGCGGAGGAGAGUCAGAUCAAACAGCACUUCGAGCAGGCGUAUGAGAACUGCACAGUGCUCGAGGCUCGAAUCUGCUACAACGUGGCCAAACUGAUGUCUCUGAACGCCGAGAGGAAGAAGACGGAGCGCAGUAAGAAGUUCUUCACUGACCUGAUGGCGAAGGAACACGUUCCCACCAUGAUUAACCCCAAACCCUGCGGACACCUCUGCUGCUGCGCCAUCACCGGCUGCGAGGAGGAGGAGGCGGUGAGCUACUACACCAAGACGGAGUCCAAGCUGAAGGAGGAGUACAGGAAGGAGAAGGAGAAGGUCCACACCAAACCGCUGGGCAUGGCCUUCGUCACCUUCCAGAACGAGUCCAUGACUGCAAUUAUUUUGAAGGAUUUUAACGCCUGUCAGGUUCAGGGCUGUCGCUGUCGUCAGGAGCCUCAGUCCUCUCAGUUCAGCGAGGUUCUUCACGUUUACAACUGGAGUGUUUCGUACGCGCCCGACCCGCAGAACGUCCGCUGGGAGCACCUGUCGCUGGGCGGGAUCUCCUGGUGGAUCCGCUGCUUCAUCAUCAACUGCAUCCUCUUCCUCCUGCUCUUCUUCCUCACAACGCCCGCCAUCAUCAUCUCCACCAUGGACAAAUUCAACGUCACCAAGCCUGUGGAGUAUCUCAACAACCCCAUCGUGACCCAGUUCUUCCCCACGCUGCUGCUCUGGGCUUUCUCUGCUCUGCUGCCCACCAUCGUCUACUACUCUGCCUUCUUCGAGGCUCACUGGACCAGGUCUGGAGAAAACAGGACGACGAUGCACAAAUGUUACACCUUCCUGAUCUUCAUGGUUCUGCUGCUGCCGUCUCUCGGACUCAGCAGUCUGGACGUGUUCUUCCGCUGGCUCUUUGAUAAGAAGUUCCUGGCUGAUGCCAAAGUCAGGUUUGAGUGCGUCUUCCUGCCAGAUAACGGAGCGUUCUUCGUUAACUACGUCAUCGCCUCGGCGUUCAUCGGGAACGCCAUGGACCUGCUCCGGAUCCCGGGUCUGCUCAUGUACAUGAUCCGGCUGUGCCUGGCCCGCUCCGCCGCCGACCGCCGCAACGUUAAGAGGCAUCAGGCCUACGAGUUCCAGUUCGGAGCCGCGUACGCCUGGAUGAUGAACGUCUUCACCGUGGUGAUGGCUUACAGCAUCACCUGCCCCAUCAUCGUCCCCUUCGGUCUGAUGUACAUGCUGCUGAAACACCUGGUGGACCGAUACAACAUGUACUACGCCUACCUGCCCUCCAAACUGGACAAGAAGAUCCACUCAGGAGCCGUCACCCAGGUGGUGGCCGCGCCCAUCCUCUGCCUCUUCUGGCUGCUCUUCUUCUCCACUGUACGCACAGGUUUCGAGACGCCGACCUCCAUGUUCACUCUGGUGGUUCUGAUCGUCACCAUCGUGGUCUGCCUGUCCCACGUCUGCUUCGGACACUUCAAGUACCUCAGCGCUCACAACUACAAGGUACGACCGCCGGUUUGUUCCAGGUGUCUGUUCCAGGUGCCUGUUCCAGGUGUCUGUUCCAGGUGCCUGUUCCAGGUGUCUGUUCCAGGUGUCUGUUCCAGGUGCCUGUUCCAGGUGCCUGUUCCAGGUGCCUGUUCCAGGUGUCUGUUCCAGGUGUCUGUUCCAGGUGUCUGUUCCAGGUGCCUGUUCCAGGUGCCUGUUCCAGGUGUCUGUUCCAGGUGUCUGUUCCAGGUGUCUGUUCCAGGUGCCUGUUCCAGGUGCCUGUUCCAGGUGCCUGUUCCAGGUGUCUGUUCCAGGUGCCUGUUCCAGGUGUCUGUUCCAGGUGUCUGUUCCAGGUGCCUGUUCCAGGUGCCUGUUCCAGGUGCCUGUUCCAGGUGCCUGUUCCAGGUGUCUGUUCCAGGUGCCUGUUCCAGGUGCCUGUUCCAGGUGUCUGUUCCAGGUGUCUGUUCCAGGUGCCUGUUCCAGGUGUCUGUUCCAGGUGCCUGUUCCAGGUGUCUGUUCCAGGUGUCUGUUCCAGGUGCCUGUUCCAGGUGCCUGUUCCAGGUGCCUGUUCCAGGUGCCUGUUCCAGGUGUCUGUUCCAGGUGCCUGUUCCAGGUGCCUGUUCCAGGUGUAGUACGCAGCCUCACUCCGUGUCUCUGUCUCAGAUCGACACCAAGGAGAACGACGUGGACGCCGUUGAGAACGGACGUCCAGCUCGUCCCUCGUCCUCUCCCAUCACCAAGUCUCAGCAGCAGCAGCAGCAGCAGCAGCAGCAGCAGAUGUACAUCGCGCAGGUGCUCCAGGACCCAAACUCAGACGAGCCGGGCGGUGGCAGCGGCGAGGAGGACCGGGGGUCGUCCCAGGACGAGGAGCUGCUGAACGGAGGGAACAGCAUCAAUGAGGCGGAUUUUCAGUCAGGGGAGGACAGUCUGAUCGCCAACGAGGUCCGCCAGUAGCUGAGGGCGGAGCUAGAGGAAGGGGGCGGAGCUAGUUGAGGGUCCACACACACACACACACACACACACACACACACACACACACACACACACACUCUCUCACACAUACACAAACACUGUAACACACACACACACACACACACAGUUAGCUCCUCCUCCUCCCAGCUCGAAGACUUGACCCUGACCUCCGACGCCGGCGCCGGGUCGCCACCAUUGAGUCCUCCACAGGAAGUCACUGUAAAUAACCACAAAGCCAAAAGUUUCUCUUUUUGUUAUGUCCUCGGGGUGGGGGGGGCGGGGUUUAAACAUUCGUGCCUGGGCUGGAUUUCGUUCGUUCGCGCUCGUGUCUUGACUCCUGAUCCCACCGCAGGUCGCCGGGACUCGACCUGUCGAGGGGGUCAAGCUGAUGCUGACGCUGUCUCUGUUCCUCGGCCUGGCGGACGAAGCAAACGUCCGCCGCCGUCCUCCGUCAUCGGAGUGCUAAAUAAGUCGCCAACCGCCAGCUCUCGUAGUGGUAGAAGCCUCGCUUACGCAGACGCACCGCAGUCUCCCUUCCUCCUUCGCUCUCUCGCUCCUUCUUUUUGUGGAAUUCGCCGGAAUUUUCAACACGUCGCCUGGAAGUUUUGAAGUUUUGGCUUCCGCCGCAUGUUGUGUGGAUGUUCGCCACCGUCGGACGAUGUCAUCCUUUGCAGGAGCUGCCAGCUGAGCGGCUACUGGUCGGCUCCUUCCUCGACCGGCGAACCACCAGACUCAACACUUUCUGGUUUUGAUUUCACCCGAACUACCUUAAACCGUGACGAAGGGACCGGGGAUGUUUGUGUCUGUGUAGGUUUUAGCAAUCAGACUUUGUGGAGACGCUCGGACUCUUCCAGCAGCAGUGGAGCGGUCGGAGCUCGGUAGACGCAGACGCUCUACCGCUCCACGCCUGCGGCUGUCGGGACUCUCAAGGGAAAACGUUCUCUGUUUGUGUGUUUUGAAGUGUGCGCUGUCUGUGUGUGUGUAGCUUGUUGUAUCUGCAUCAUGAAGUGUUCCAACACCAUCAGCAGGUAGCGAAACAAACGCCGCAACAUCCGGCUAACAAGUUCUCAAACCGUCGGUCAGUCUACUGUACAAGUUCUUUACUCUGGUGUUUCACAUCCGCCACAAGCAUCCGUCUACCGCGUUAGCACUGUUAGUCGUUACUACGGAGACAGAUGUGUUUAAGCUAGCUUAGCACAAAGACAGUAAGGUCCAGGAGUCACCAGCAGUCACAUUACGGUAACAGCGUUAGCGUUAGCUCACUUUCUCACUGCAUACGUUUGUGUCCUUUAACCCGGGUUUAAUUUUUCAGGUGUUGAAGUUGCUAACUGGCAGAAUUUGACAAAAGAAGAUUAUAAUUAUUAUCCGGAAACCUAAAAGCUAACUUAUUUUAAAACAGGAAUCCUGUAAAAGAUACUCAUUCGUGUUUUCAGAGAUAAAAGUCUGUUAGGAUGAAGACUAACGUUAGCUCCAGCUGCUAACAUUAGCUAACCCUGAUAGCACUUGACCAUAACCUUUAACCCCAUAAACUAUUGUGCUAACUGUUAGCCUAGGAAGUAGCAUUUGGUUAUUAAGCCAGUUAGCUGGACGUGCUAAUGUUAGCAGCUGAGUUUUAGUUCGAUUUGGCUGUAAUGAAAGACACUCUCCAGUUGCAUAAUGGGUAAUGUAGUUUGACCAUACUACAGACUAAAGGUUGGGAGUCCGCCCCCUUAGCUACUGUUGCUAACGCCAACGUCUCCUUACUGAAUUCUGAGGGAUCGUUUGGUGAAACGAUGAUUUCGGUGGAACGUCCUCGAGUGUUGCUGUUUAAUUACGUUUCUGUUCAGAUAUUUUGAUUCGGCUCCCGUCUGCCCCCUAGUGGACAAACUCAUCAACCCUCCAAAGUACGAAGAAAUUUACUACGGCAACAACAACAACAACAACAACAGCUUGUAGCUGAUAAGCAAAAUGAUGUUGACGAAGGGAAAGGAGGUCACCACCACGACCGCUGUCACUGGUUGCCACGGCAACAGGAACAGGAAGCAGCUGGGGAACACUUUCAAAAUAAAAGCUUCAGCGACGUGACGAUGAGUAAAUAGUCUCAGGUGUUUGUUUUCCUGAAAUAAUGUUUACAUCAGUUUCUGUUGCUCCUUGAGAUUUUUGUCUCCUGCAGAGUGUGUGUGUGUGUGUGUGUGUGUGUGUGUGUGUGUGUGUGUGUGUGUGUGUGUGUGUGUGUGUGUGUGUGUGUGUGUGUGUGGACACGGAGCUGGACUAUGAAAGCUGCAGCCACCAGGGCGGCGGCGGCGGUCGGUGGCUGCACGCCGGAGAACCUGCAGUGUUUGUGUCCUGAUGAUGUUUGUAGUUUCCUGUUCGCCUCCAGCGGGCCGGUGGCCAGCGGCGCUCCGGAUUGUACCGAGAGCUCACGGGAUCUGAGGCCGGAGGUUCGGCUCAGCAGCUCUCAACCCGACAGUCAGAUUUAGUUUUGGGGGAUUUUGUGAUUAUUGAUCGAACCCGUCAGGAACCGGAUCCACUUUCCAGAUUUGAGGUUGUUUGUACAUUUUUACGUCUCGAUGUUCAAACUCUCCUUUAGUCAAAUGUUAAAAACAGGAAAUACGGGAAUUAUUAUUAUUCUGACAAAAGAAUCACAGUUCUGCGUCUUGGACCCGCAAACCCAACAGGAAGUCAGCCAUUUUGAAAUAAAACAAAAAAAGUGGGUUUGUCGGGGCGUAAAACAGCUUUAAAAAACACACAAAUAUUAUUAUUAUUAUUAUUAUUAUUAUUAUUUGUAUAAUUCAUUCAGAUGGGAGGGAACUGGUUCCAGGUGACGAGCUGUGAUUGGUCCAAUCUGUGGAAAGGUUGCAGUGAUUGGUUAAUUAUGUGUUAAUUACGGAGUUACAAUGUCAGAUGAUUAAGGAUUAACGUUCGCUUACGUUGUGGCUCCAAUAUUUUCACAUCUACGUCGGUGAAUUAAGGAUUUAUUUCCACCAAACCAGAGUUGGUGAUUGUUGGAAACACUAACAGAGGAGUUUUAUUCUGUUUCUGUUCACUAUAAUGAAGUUGUGAUGAUCUGAAGGUAACAUGAGUGUUGUGAGUCUGGUGGAGAGUGAUAGUGAUAUUACAGCUGUUCCUGUUGGAUCUUUUCCAGAAUCAGUCCCUCCAGGAUUUCAGGCUGUUUUUUGGUUAUGUUUUUUUUUUUUGCAGUUAAAUUGAGAGAAAGUGAUAAAAAUAUUUGCGAUUAAAAAAAACAAUGAAUUAAAAGUGGAAGGUGACUUGUCCUAGUGGGAAUAAAAUGUGUGGUAGUUUGCACUGAUUGGUUGGAUUGUCCGUCUGCAGCUUCCUGGAGGGGCCGAACCGUUGCACUACGUUUCCCACUGACCUCUGCAGUCUACAGCUCCACCACUAGGUGGCACUAAAUCCUCCACUCGUCCUCUUUAUGUCGAAUGAACGCAGAUAAAAGGGUGGACGGGUUCAAACGGGGUCACGCGGGGUCAAAGGGCACCCGGUUUGUUUUGGGACUGACGGUUGAGAGCUGCUGCGUUCACUGACCUCUCGCUGCGGCAGGAAGUGAGGACCCUGGUUAAGAGAAUAAGAGUGUGUGAUAUUUUUGUAACCUGCUGACUGAAGUAUUUGAUACUGAACGUAUUACUGAGGCGCUGAUCGACAUGUGACUGAAGGGGUUAAUAAUCAGCUGCUUUUUGCUUUUCUUAGUUUUUUAAAUUGUUGCUGAAGUUAUUGAAGUUGUAAAAAAGACGAAUGUGAACUGAAGUGUGAAACGAAACGUCAGCUACUGAAAAUGUGUAAAAUAAAAUGUGUGUAAAUAGCCAUCGAACUGCACUGUCGACCUCGGAGACGAACACGACUCAGCGUCUCAUCUCACUGACUCAAGCUAACAGUCUAUUGGUCCGUUUCAUGCUUUUAAUUUAUUGCUGUGACACUUAUUUAUUUUUACUUUGGUUUCCAGGUCAUAUGUACAGUGAAACGUUUGUCAUAUUUAUGUUACUUGAUCAAUAAAAUUGGCUUUCAUCUGUUGA